GUUUUCCCAACCAUUUCAACUAGUUUCGCGCGAGUUACUGUUUUCUUUCUCUCACUCUCUCACUCACACACACACUAUCUCUCUUUGUCUCUCUGAGUGCUUAGCGAGUUAGCAUACCCAAUCCAAAAGUUCAGUCUUAGAGACAAAUAUUGGUCUUAGUCACUACUUAAAAAAUGAUCAACAUGUAGAAGGAGAAGUGGGUUUUCCACCUCUGGAUUUUCUUAUUAAUCCUUUUCCUGGGAGAUGGUUGCCUUUGGAAAGAAGCUGAGAGAGUCACAAAUUCAAGAAUGGCAGGGAUACUACAUUAAUUAUAAAUUAAUGAAGAAAAAAGUCAAGCGAUACACAGAACAAAUUGAGGUUGGAACACAAAAUCACCAUUUUGUUCUGAAGGACUUCUCAAGACUGCUAGAUUAUCAGAUCGAAAAAAUUGUCCUGUUCCUGCUGGAAAAACAAGGACUGCUUGCUACCAGGUUAUCCAAUCUUGGAGAGCAGCACCAUGCUCUUAUACAACAGUCAGAUGGAUCAAGAAUAUCUGAAUUGCAAGAAGCAUAUAGAGCAGUUGGACAAGAACUUUUGAGGCUUCUCUUUUUUGUUGAGAUGAAUGCUAUUGGUAUACGUAAGAUAUUGAAAAAGUUUGAUAAGAGGUUUGGCUGUAAGUUCACUGACUACUAUGUCAAAACUCGUGCAAAUCAUCCUUACUCCCAGUUGCGACAAGUUUUUAAGCAUGUGGGUUUCGGCGCUGUUGUUGGAGCCAUAUCUCACAAUCUCGCAGACCUUCAAGACCUUCAAAACAAUCAGGGGAACUAUAUUUCAAUAUAUGAUCAACCUGCUUUUUCCCACCCGGAUCCUGUCAUUGAUUCUAUUAAAUCAGCUGUAGACAGGUUAUCAAACUCAACAAAUUUCCUUCACUUCUUGGGAAGACAUGCAUUUAUUAUGGAGGAGGAAUUACCAACUCCAUCUGAAGAUGAGUGUUUUGAACAAAGAUAUCAUUUUAUGUCACUUCUCUUGAACUUGGCAAACACAUUUCUGUACAUGGUCAACACAUACAUCAUAGUCCCAACAGCAGACGACUACUCCUUGAGCCUUGGAGCUGCAGCAACUGUCUGUGGUGUUGUGAUUGGGUCUAUGGCUGUUGCUCAGGUGUUUUCUUCCGUUUACUUUAGUGCAUGGUCUAAUAGAUCAUACUUGAGACCACUUGUGUUUAGUAGCAUCAUCCUUUUUGUGGGAAAUACAUUAUAUGCACUGGCUUAUGAUCUUAAUUCAAUAUCCGUUCUUCUGAUCGGUCGCCUGUUCUGUGGGUUAGGUUCUGCAAGAGCUGUUAACCGGCGCUAUAUCAGUGAUUGUGUACCAUUGAAAUUGCGAAUGCAGGCUUCUGCAGGUUUUGUUAGCGCAAGUGCGCUUGGAAUGGCGUGUGGUCCUGCUCUUGCUUGUUUACUUCAGACAAAAUUUAAGAUUUACAAACUCACCUUCAAUGAAGAAACUUUACCUGGUUGGCUUAUGGCUCUUGCAUGGCUUGUCUACUUAUUGUGGUUAUGGAUUUCAUUUAGAGAGCCCCAUUGUGAAACUAAAAAAAAUCUUGUGCCGAACGAAGCUAAUGCGGGACAAUUAGCAAAUGUUACUGUAGAGAAUGGUUAUACACAACCAUUGCUAAUGAAAAUAGAAGCUAAGCAACAAGAUGAAGAUGAAGACCAGGAACGUGAUGAUGCUGAAGAAGAUUCUCAGGAAAUUCACAAACCUGUCACUUCAAUUGUGGUGGCAUAUAGAUUACUUACACCAUCAGUCAAGGUUCAACUGUUUGUGUAUUUCAUGCUCAAAUAUGCCAUGGAGAUUGUACUUGCUGAAUCAAGUGUCAUCACUGGAUAUUAUUUUAUUUGGCCAAUCAGCAGAGUGGCAAUCUUUCUUGCAUGUCUUGGUCUAACAGUUCUUCCAGUAAACAUCAUUGUUGGAAAAUAUAUGACCAACAUCUUUGAAGAAAGGCAAGUUCUACUGGCAUCUGAAAUUAUGGUGUGUAUUGGAAUCCUCCUAAGCUUCCACAUAUUCAACCCUUACUCUGUCCCUCAAUAUGUUGGCUCCGCCCUAAUCACAUUUGUGUCAGCUGAAGUCCUUGAAGGUGUGAACUUAUCGCUCCUAUCUCGUUGUAUGUCAUCAAGGCUUUCCCGAGGGACGUACAAUGGUGGAUUGCUUUCCACGGAAGCAGGGACACUGGCUCGUGUAAUUGCAGAUGGUACGAUAACACUGUCUGGUUAUUUGGGUGAGAGUAAACUAUUGAAUUCCACCUUACUUCCUGCACUCCUGAUCUGUGUCUCAUCCAUCAUUGCCACCUGCUGCACCUAUAACUCUCUUUACUAAUACCCUUUCCCUAACAUGUACUCAUAUUGUAUAGUAGAGCUGAACUUGCUCACUGAUCAAUGGUGUACAAUGCUCUAUAUUGUCGGUGUUCAACAAAUAUCUAUAUGCGGCUGAUAAUGGAAGCUUUGAAUCUAUCAUGUUAUGUUUCCCAUGGAUGUGUUUCUAAUUGUUUAGGACCCAUUAAAGGAUGAAAGAAUAGGCUGAUCAUCUAUCCCUUCUCUU